AAAAUAUUGUUAGCUCAAUCUCCUCCACUUAACCACCUCCGCCUCCCAACCCCCAUCUCCGCCUCCCCUCCGCCGCGCUAUCCCAUGCAUCUCCACACCCCACCAUGCAACCUCCUCCUCCCUCUCCUCCUCCUCCUCCUCACCCCUCUCCCUCCAUCAAAAUCCCAAUCCCAAACCUUCAAAUUCCUCUCCGAUCCCCGCUCCUUCAUCCUCCUCCACGACUUCGGCUUCGCCUCCCCCGGCUUCAUCUCCGUCUCCGUCUCCUCCGCCUCCGUCUCCAACCCCUCCCGCCUCUCCUCCACCGGCUGCUUCUACGCCCCCUCCCCCGCCCGCCCCGCCCUCGAGCAGGCCCUCCUCCGCCGCGCCUGCAUCGCCUCCCACCCCUUGGUCUUCCCCAUCUUCACCUUCGACGACAAAUCCAAGCAUUUCAACAAAUCCCUGCUCGUCACCAUCCCUGAUUUAUACUUCAUCUUCUUGCUCAACUGCGGCAACACCUCUUCAAUCUCAAUAACCCUAAAUCUCGAAACCUACAACGUGAAACCCAACGGCGAUAGAGACUACAUAGAUGAGCAGUUUUCCAGCCUCCCCACAACCCUAUUCAUAUUCUCAUUCCUUUAUCUCACAUCCCUCCUUGCAUGGUCUUACUACUGCAACAAAAACAAACAAUUCGUGAGAAAAAUCCAUGAGCUCAUGGCCCUCUUGCUCUUCUUGAGACUAUUCGAGCUCCUCUUCCACGCCGGCAGCCUGCAUCGCAUGAGGCAGGCUGGAUCUCCCCAUGCAUGGAAGUUUUUCUGGCUGAUGAUUUAUUUUGUGAGGAAUUUAUUAUUCAUAUGUGUGAUCAUGCUGAUUAGGGCUGGAUGGUCUUUGUUUAGACCUAAUUUGCAGAUCCUGCAAAUUAGGGCUAUCUUGAUAACCCUUGCACUUCAAUUUGUGACUAGCUCUUGCUUUGUGGUGAUCAAUGGAGUGGGGCCCUCGGGGGCCGGAUACCGGGUGUGGACGGUGAUGUACUACGCCGUGGACUUCGUGUGCUGCGUGAUCAUGACGCUGCCGGUGAGCCCCUCCAUAGAUAAGGUGGUGGUGAGUGCCAAGAUCAAUGAGAAGGAGGAGAAGAAGUGGGUGUACAAGAGGGCCUAUGAGAGCUUUGCCCUAGCUCUUUAUAUCUAUGUGGGGUUUACGAGGUUAGGGAUGUUCUUGAUUAGGACUAUCACGAGCUACAAUGUGUGGGGUUUGAGCAUUGCCUUGGAGCUGACGAUCGAGCUCAUAUUUUAUGGUGUUGUGUAUUCCAUGUUUUGGCCUAGUGAGAGGUAUGAUUAUGUUGUUCUUGAGGAUAGAGAGGAGGAUCAUGCUAGUUGUGCUGCUGCUUUGUCUGAUUUGAGGUUGUUGGAGUUUUGAUAUAGUUGAUUAUGAUGUUUUCAGACAAAAUUUGAUGAUGAUGAAUUCUUUUUUGUUUGUACAUAUAUAUUGGAAGAUGUAAUUCCCUUAGUUUCUUGUUCAGAAACUAAUGUGAUUUAUGCAGAAGAAGGCAGAUUGUUGUUCUUGAUUAGGGUUGAUGAAAUUAGAGUUUUGAAGUUAAUUGAUGAAAAUGUUGAUGAUUCUUGUGGUUUUGGUCGUGUUGUGUGGUUGUUGCUUGCAGAUUCGAGCUCUGAAUGUGAAACUUGUGCGUUAAAGAUUCGAUCUUUAUGUUAUUGGGUUGAAUUUUUGUUUUUGUUUUUGUUUUGUAUCUUGUCCAAUUAGUUACUACUUAUGCAUAACAAGACGGCUUAUGGUGAAAAUAUUAAAUAAAAUGUUAAAAUGAUAUGAUAUUCCUCUCUGCUUAAGUUUUGAAUUGAGAAGAUGAUUUAACAGCUUCUUGCAUUUAGUUGGGUGUAUACAUGAGACAGAAUGAAAGACAAACCACUCUCUCUCUCUCUCUCUCACAUCAUAUUUUUAUAUGCAACAUUAUUAAAUGUCAAGAACAUAUAUUUCUGCGAUUUUCCCCAUGGUAUAUAUAUAUCUUGAUCAGGUAAAUAUUCCCACCUUGAUUUAUCUUGAUUCAUUUUUGGGGUAUACAUUACUAUGUUUUGAAGCCAUAGAUUUUGAUUUUUGUAUAUAUAAUUCUUUGAAUUCAAGGAAGCCCAGUUGUUUUUGCCUUGUUUUUACACACGUUUCGACUGAGUUCUUGAGGUGGAGGUUUAAAGAAGCAACUUUUUUUGACCUAGUGCCCUAUUUUUAUGGGCACCCCAAAAAGAUUUAGAUUCAUUUGUCACUAAAAAAUUGCAACUUUUUGGUAAUAUAAGUCUCUGCAAAUGUCAAAGGGUUGCACAUGGAAGGUUGCUUGCUUUAAAAAUGGUGCUAGAAGCUAUUUAUGGAGUAAUUGAAAUCAGUUUAAUAUUGAAGAGCUUUGCUCAUUUUUGAAGGGAAUUAAUUUCAUAUGUAAGAAUAUAGUAUAUAGAUUUACUUGCUUCUCAUCAUUGAGAAGCAAGUGCAGCCAUCUUGGUAAUCACCUUUUUCUUUUUCUUUUUUUAUGUUUUUCUCCAAAUUAAUCUCUCUGCAUUUUGUGACUCUUCAUCUACCUGUUUUCUCUUACCGGGCAGCUCGUUGCAGCCGUUGGAAUCGCGAGCAUGGAUGCAGUGAAGGGCAAUAGCAAGGGAUACAUUGGGCACAGCACAAUGGCUAAGAAACCAAUUGAAAACAUCAAGUUUCUAAUCAGUGUUAGUGUUGGAAUCAUGUUUGGCUUCUUCAUGGGAGUGUUGAUUCCCAAACUCCCACAAAUCAAGAUAAGCACGACGUCUGUCGUUCUAGAAGGUUCCGCGAUCUUCGGGGGAAACAAUGUCUCUGCUGCUGCUGCCUCCACAGAAACCAGCAGAAACAUAUCAGUUGGAAACCAGCCUAUUUCAAAGAUUUGGGCGCCUUCUAAUCCAAGAGGCGCGGAGAGGUUGCCCCCGGGCAUCGUGGCAUCAGAGUCGGACCUCUAUCAGCGAAGAUUGUGGGGCCUACCUAGAGAGGACUUGCCCAUUAAACCAAAGUAUUUAGUGACUUUCACAGUUGGUUAUAAGCAGAGGUUUAACAUUGACAAGGCAGUUAAAAAGUUUUCAGAAAAUUUUACCAUCCUUCUGUUCCAUUAUGAUGGAAUAACCACUGAAUGGGACGAGUUCGAGUGGUCCAAGCGCGCCAUCCACAUCAGCGCUCGAAAACAGACAAAAUGGUGGUACGCGAAGAGGUUUCUGCAUCCGGACAUUGUUGCAUCCUACGACUACAUCUUCAUAUGGGACGAGGACCUCGGAGUCGAGCACUUUGAUGCAGAAGAAUACAUUAAGCUUGUGAGGAAACAUGGUCUGGAGAUUUCCCAACCGGGCCUCGAGCCAACCAAGAGCAUGCCGUGGAGGAUGACAAAGAAACGCGAUCACAGUGAGAUUCACAAGGACACGGAGGAGAAACCUGGUUUAUGCCCUGAUCCACAUCUGCCUCCCUGUGCAGGCUUUGUGGAGAUCAUGGCUCCUGUCUUCUCUAGAGAGGCUUGGCGCUGCGUGUGGCAUCUGGUUCAGAAUGACUUGGUCCAUGGAUGGGGUCUGGACUUUGCCCUCCAAAAAUGUGUUGAGCCUGCACACGAGAAAAUCGGAGUCGUUGAUGAGCAAUGGAUUGUUCAUCAAAUUGUUCCUUCAUUGGGAGGCCAGGGUGAAUCUACUAAUGGAAGGGCUCCAUGGCAAGAGGUGAGACUGAGGUGUACUAGAGAAUGGGCAAUGUUCAAAGCUCGGAUGGCUAUUGCAGAGAGAGAUUAUUACAACCAUUUGACAACAUGAUGUGUUAGUUACAUUAUUUUUGUGAUAUUGGAGUGUAAGUAAGUUGGCCUACUUCAAUGGGUAUAUGUAAUUUUUUUUUAUUUUAUCUAAUAAUUAAAAAGGGCACAAUUUGUUUUUCUUGGAUUAAA